CGAGUGGGGGGGAUAGGGUCGACGAUAGCGGGAUGGGAAGCCGGGGAGAUGCAGAAGCAGCGGCAUUAGAGUGCUCUGGGUCUAUGGAGAAAUGCCUGGGCCAUGCAGCCCACUUGGCCGCUUGAGCGACCCCUAGGAACCUAUGGAAAACUGGCCCCCGUGGCGGGGGGGGGAGGGGCGGCUGGCACGUGACCCGGGUCAGCCAAUCUGGAUGUUGCUGACGUGGCCGCGCGGCCCCGAUGGUCUCCCCACCCCCUAGCUCAGUCGGGAAGGGAGGGGCUGGGGGCUACGCCCCCUCCCCCAACGCAACCUCAGUUUCCGGGGGGGUGACACCCCGGAUCACAUCCUCCCCCCGCACCAAGACAAGGGGAACAUUGGAGCCCCCCUGGAAGGUUCCAGGAUCCAGAUUCUUCACUGCGGCGGCCUCCUCAUUGCCGAGAACCACCCGCGGGCGUCCUGUGGCCACACCCCGGCGGACCGAGGCUGACUACGCCCACGCGGCCGCCUCCAGUCCUGCCAGUCUAGCCAAUGGAGGAGCUACAAACGGCACGACCUGCCCGAGCUUGGCAGUCACCAGUCGCACUGGGCUUGGACGCCUGGGAAGACUUUGUUGGAAGGGGAGGCGGAGAGAGGGUGCUGCACCCCUGCCAACCUCCCUCUUACCCUGGAGUUGCCGAACCACAGCGCAGCCAAUUGGCUCGGAGAUGUGGCGGGUCGCCGCUUCCCUGUGGGUCUAUGCGGCAUUCUGCCUGGUGACUAACGCGUUGGAAAUGAGGCUUAUGACGUCAUCGCAUCCGCCGACCAAUAGAAAACGCUCCCGCGGAGAGGUGUUCCUCCCCCUUCGACUGCGCUUCUUCACGCGCGUGAGCGCGCGCGCGCGCGCGGAGGGGGUGGGGGAAGUCGGGAGCGCGGUGGCGCGCAUGAGCGGCGAAGCUCCGCCCCCUUGCCUAUAUAUAAAGGGCUGGCGCGGGGCUCGGCGGCGCCAUUUCGCGCUGGAGUGGAGCAGCCUCUAGAACGAGCUGGAGGAUUCUGCCUACCUAUACAGAGCCUUCGAGUCGUCCGGGGCCGCCAUUACAAUCCACGUCCAUCCGCUUGGAAAUGGCCUUCGUCUCGGCCUAUGACCGGUCCCGGCGGACAGUACAGACCCCAUAGAAGCCCCCGAAGCUCCCCUUUUUCGAGCCCCGCCCAGUCCUCGGAGUCUGUCCACCCCCUCUACUCCGCCCUCAAGAGGAUUUCAAAGAUGGAGGCGGCGGCUCCCUAAACCACUUUCCGUGUUCAUCCGCCUCCAUCCGAGAUCGAAACGGGACUUCGUCCGCGCCGGACGGUCCUGGCAGGAAGAGGGGAUCCUUGCAGACCAACGGCGGGCAAUAUUGUCGACGGUGUCUGGGAUCGGGGGCUGUCCUGGGGGUUGAAGAGUCUGUCCCCCUUCGCUCGCCCGCCUCGGCUGGGGCCGCCGCCAUUUUCUUGCUGUCCGCCUCCUGCGGAGCGCGCCAAGCUGCUGGGAGUUCUCCAAUAAACAGCGAAGGAGACUGCUUUCGUGCCGGCCCGGCGGGGGGGGGUUGUCGCCUGGAGGGCCGAGGGCAACGGCCCCCGCCCCCCCACCAUUUCCCGGGUUAUGCUGGACUGGAAGGUAAGGGGAACCGAGGCCACCCGGACUUUACGCGGCUGAGGGCAGCGCCGGUUCCCCGUGGUCAAGAUGCUGCAAAACGUGACUCCCCACAGCAAAUGAAAGAGUCCAUCAGACUUGAGAAUUCAAAAUGUAGGACUAAGAACAGAAGAGGUGGUAGGAAGUGCAAGAACAAAAGCUCCAUGGAUUGUUUGGAUACUGGUUUCAUUUUCAUAAUCUUGACCACCUUUCACUAGAUUCCAAGCCUGGAUUUACUGAGGGCUCCCUGGGGAGGGGAAUGCAGGGUUACUGGGGCUGGGCCCAGAGGCAGCAGCGCCUGGGAAAAGGAUUCGAAAGCCCUCCCUGUUGUAUGAGGGAUUCGAGAGCCCCACAAUGGCUUCAGUGCCGGCUUUGCAACUAACCCCUGCCAACCCACCACCCCCGGAGGUGUCCAAUCCCAAAAAGCCAGGACGGGUUACCAACCAGUUGCAAUACCUGCAUAAGGUGGUGAUGAAGGCUCUGUGGAAACAUCAGUUUGCAUGGCCCUUCCGGCAGCCUGUGGAUGCUGUCAAACUGGGUCUGCCGGAUUAUCACAAAAUUAUAAAGCAGCCUAUGGAUAUGGGAACUAUCAAGAGAAGACUUGAAAACAACUAUUACUGGGCUGCCUCAGAGUGUAUGCAGGAUUUCAAUACCAUGUUCACCAACUGUUAUAUCUACAACAAGCCUACUGAUGAUAUUGUCCUGAUGGCACAAACGCUGGAAAAGAUCUUUCUACAGAAGGUGGCGUCAAUGCCACAAGAGGAACAAGAGCUUGUGGUGACUAUCCCUAAGAACAGCCACAAGAAAGGGGCCAAAUUGGCAGCACUCCAGGGCAGUAUCACCAGUGCCCAUCAGGUGCCUGCUGUCUCUUCUGUGUCUCACACAGCCCUGUAUACUCCACCACCUGAGAUACCUACCACUGUCCUCAACAUUCCCCACCCAUCGGUCAUCUCUUCGCCCCUUCUCAAGUCCUUGCACUCCGCUGGACCCCCGCUCCUUGCUGUCUCUGCAGCUCCCCCAGCCCAGCCCCUUGCCAAGAAAAAAGGGGUAAAGCGGAAAGCAGAUACUACCACCCCUACACCUACAGCUAUCCUGGCUCCUGGUUCCCCAGCUAGCCCUCCCGGGGGUCUUGAGCCUAAGGCAGCACGGCUUCCCCCUAUGCGUAGAGAGAGUGGCCGCCCUAUCAAGCCCCCACGCAAAGACUUGCCUGACUCUCAGCAACAGCACCAAAGCUCCAAGAAAGGAAAGCUGUCGGAACAGUUAAAACAUUGCAAUGGCAUUUUGAAGGAAUUACUGUCUAAGAAGCAUGCUGCCUAUGCCUGGCCUUUCUAUAAACCAGUGGACGCUUCUGCUCUUGGCCUGCAUGACUACCAUGACAUCAUUAAGCACCCCAUGGACCUCAGCACUGUCAAGCGGAAGAUGGAGAAUCGUGAUUACCGGGAUGCACAGGAGUUUGCUGCUGACGUGCGGCUUAUGUUCUCCAACUGCUAUAAGUACAAUCCCCCAGACCAUGAUGUUGUGGCCAUGGCACGAAAGUUACAGGAUGUAUUUGAGUUCCGUUAUGCCAAGAUGCCAGAUGAACCACUGGAACCAGGGCCUUUACCAGUCUCUACUGCCUUGCCCCCUGGCUUGGCCAAAUCAUCUUCAGAGUCCUCCAGCGAGGAAAGUAGCAGUGAGAGCUCUUCUGAGGAGGAGGAGGAGGAAGAUGAGGAGGAUGAAGAGGAGGAAGAAGAGAGUGAAAGCUCUGACUCUGAGGAAGAAAGGGCUCAUCGCUUGGCUGAACUACAGGAACAGCUUCGAGCAGUACAUGAACAGCUGGCUGCCCUGUCCCAAGGUCCAAUAUCAAAGCCCAAGCGAAAGAGAGAAAAAAAAGAGAAAAAGAAGAAACGGAAGGCAGAGAAGCAUCGAGGCCGAGCCGGGGUUGAGGAAGAUGACAAAGGGCCUCGGGCACCUCGCCCAUCUCAGCCCAAGAAGUCCAAGAAAGCGAGUGGCAGUGGGGCUGGUAGCGCUGCUACACUAGGCCCUCCUGGCUUUGGAACUUCUGGAGGAAGUAGCACCAAACUCCCCAAAAAGGCCACAAAGACAGCCCCACCUGCCCUGCCUGCAGGCUAUGAUUCAGAGGAGGAGGAAGAAAGCAGGCCCAUGAGUUAUGACGAGAAGCGGCAGUUGAGCCUGGACAUCAACAAGUUGCCCGGGGAGAAACUGGGUCGAGUUGUACACAUAAUUCAAGCCAGGGAGCCCUCUUUACGUGACUCAAACCCAGAAGAAAUUGAGAUUGAUUUUGAAACGCUCAAGCCAUCCACGCUUAGAGAGCUUGAACGCUAUGUCCUUUCCUGCCUACGAAAGAAACCUCGGAAGCCCUAUACUAUUAAGAAACCUGUGGGAAAGACAAAGGAGGAACUGGCUUUGGAGAAGAAGCGGGAACUAGAAAAGCGGUUACAAGAUGUUAGUGGGCAGCUCAAUUCUACCAAAAAGCCACCCAAGAAAGCGAGUGAGAAAACGGAGACGUCAUCAGCACAGCAGGUAGCAGUGUCCCGCCUCAGUGCUUCCAGCUCCAGCUCAGAUUCCAGCUCCUCUUCUUCAUCAUCCUCUUCUUCAGACACCAGUGAUUCAGACUCAGGCUAAGGGGCCAGGCCAGAUGGGGCAGGAGGCUCCGCAGGACCGGACCCCUAGACCACCCUGCCCCACCCCUACUCUCCCUUUGCUGUGACACUUCCUCAUCUCACCCCCUCCCCCCCACUGUAGGAGAGCUGGCUCUGCAGGGGGGAGGAAUGCAGGGACAAUUACUGAAGGAGGGACAUAAAUGGACAAAAUACAACUGCGUUCCCAGCCCCAUGGAGAGUGACCUUUUAGGCAUAGAGCCCCUAUUCAAAAUGAUUGUGGUGGGGCAGGGGUAAAGGGUGGGAAUGGGCAAAGGCCCUGAUACAGGGUUACCUGAGGCGGUAGCUGCCCUGUUCACUUGUAAGGGCCCUGUUUUGAGGUUGUUUGUUCUAAUUUAUUUUAAACUAGGUAAGGCCGAGGCAGGGUGGGGCCGUGGUCCCCUCAGCCUCCAUGGGGAGGGAGGAAGGCGUUCUUUUUUUACGUUGACUUUUUUUUUUUUUCUACUCUGUUUUCCCUUUUCCUUCUCCAUUUGGGGCCCCUGGGGGUUUCAGUCAUCUCCCCAUUUGGUCCCCUGGAUUGUCUUUUCUUUGUCUGUUGAUUCUAACUUGUAAAUAAAGAAAAUAUUAUUCAA